GCCGUCCUGCUCUUCCGUGUACAGUUGUCGCCUGCAACACAGGUGUCAACAAAAACAGGGUGAAUAUAUCCAGCUAUUUACUGAGAAUCCAUGCUCUACUGGAAUAUCUGUUAAACUCGGGUUAGAGGGGUGAACUCGAGACGAGCUAUGGGGCUGGAAAUGACGGAGCAACGUUAAUAACUGGAGCUUGUCCAGUUAGUUAACCUACAGUGGCUGGAUAAGGAGUCCUGGGGCAGCAGCCGGAGCUCAGAGUACACCAUCACCACCACCACAUUUCUGCACAUCUACACUGCAGGGCUUCGGCCUGAUCGCGGCGAUGUUCGUGCAGGAGGAGAAGAUAUUCGCAGGUAAAGUCCUGAAGAUCCACAUCUGCACCAUGGAGGGCGCCGAGUGGCUGGAGGAAGUGACCGAAGAUACCACCAUAGAGAAGCUGAAGGAGAAAUGUCUGAAGCAUUGUGCCCAUGGGAGUUUAGAGGAUCCUAAGACGCUUACACACCAUAAACUUAUUCAUGCAGCUACAGAGAGGGUUCUCACAGAAGCCAAAACGGUUGCAGAUGAAAACCUUAAAGAUAAAGAUUGCUUGUUAUUGGUAAAGAAGAGGCCACAGCCACCUCGCCCACCAAUGGCUGACAUUUCUGCUGAAGAGAAGAAGAAGCAGGAGGCCAAGGCUCCUGAUAAGGAUGCUAUUCUCAAAGCCACAGCAAAUCUGACCACUCGCCACUCUGACCGCACUGUCACUCAACACAACAUCCGAGACUUCCAGACAGAACUAAGGAAAAUUCUUGUUUCGCUGAUUGAGGUAGCACAGAAAAUUCUCGCUUUGAACCCUGAUGCUGUGGAGCUCUUCAAGAAGGCUAAUGCCAUGCUAGAUGAAGAUGAAGAGGAGCGGGUGGAUGAGACUGUCCUGCAGCAGCUGACUGAGAUGGGUUUCCCAGAGAGCCGGGCUAUCAAGGCACUGCGUUUAAACCACAUGUCUGUAACACAGGCUAUGGAGUGGCUGAUUGAACAUGUGGAUGACCCCACAGUGGAUAUGCCCCUGCCCGGCCAGGAAGCUCAAGGAGGAGGAGCUGGUGCAGCAGCAGCAACAGCAGCAGCAGCAGCAGCAGCCGCCUCUGCAUCUGUAGGCCCUCCUGCAUCUGCCCCAGGAGCUCUGUCACGCACUUCCUCCCAGGCCAACUCUGAGGAGGCCAAGCAGGACGAACUAACUGAGAUCUUUAAGAGGAUCCGCAGGAAAAGAGAGUUCAGGCCAGACUCACGGGCAGUGAUUGCACUGAUGGAGAUGGGCUUUGACGAGAAGGAAGUGAUUGAUGCACUUCGCGUCAACAACAACCAACAGGAUGCUGCUUGUGAGUGGUUGCUGGGCGACAGAAAGCCCUCCCCCGAGGAGCUGGACAAGGGUAUCGACACCAACAGCCCCCUCUUCCAGGCCAUUUUGGAAAACCCCGUGGUACAGUUGGGCCUCACAAACCCAAAAACACUCCUGGCCUUUGAGGACAUGCUCGAGAAUCCUUUGAACAGCACACAAUGGAUGAAUGACCCUGAGACGGGCCCCGUCAUGCUCCAAAUCUCCAGAAUCUUCCAGACACUCAACCGCACGUAGAGCACACCUCAUCACCAGAGCUGCUGCAAAGAGGACAAGGUUAUUCAUUUAUAAGGGAAGUGUGUGUGUGUCUGUAUGUGUGUGUGCGUGUGUGUUUGUGUGAAUGGUAAGGUUUAUGUUGAAGAAUCACAGGAAACAUUGAAUGUAACAGUAACAACAGGAUGAAAUUUUCAUUUUUGAAUAUUAAACAGAGACAGAUAUCUAUUUAUAACUCAACAGAAAAAACUAUGUAAACAGUAACUUUAAAAGAACUGCUAAAGCUAGCUCCAUUAUUAUUAUUUUUUACAUUUUAAUAGGAUCUGUUUUUAAUUAUAUUAAGUACAUAUAUUUUAUUUUAUAUACUUUGUCCUUAUGUAAAUGAACAUUGGGCAUCCAGAAAAAAAAACAUGUUUACACUUCAGGAAAGGCUUUUGUAUGUUCCAUCAUGUUCAAAUAUCAAUCUAACAGAGGUAUUCUCUUAGUAUCUUUAUUAGAAAAUGGUUACAUCUUAUUAAAUGAAUUUAAUGCUCCUGUAAGAGAUAACCUAUAUCAGCUUUAUGUUGCUUUAGAGAACAGAACCAUAUGUGUAAAACUACAUUUUAGUUUUCCUCUGCUGUAACACUUGUGCACCUACUUUUUUCUGUGGGAAAUGCAAGCAAGCAUUAUUUAUAAGUACUUCUUUUGAAGACCAUAACGUCUAGAGCUGGGCGAUAUGGAAAAAAUAUUGUAUAAUGAUAUUUUCACAUGAUUCUCAUGAUACACAAUAUUUAUCAAGGUUUUGACAUGCAGAAACAAUGCUUCAGCAGUGGCAGAUUUUUGAAAAUUGCCAUUGAAAUACUUUCUUAAGCAGCACAAGAGUUGAGUUCAGUUUUUGCUGCACAAGAAAAUGAAUCAAUUUAUCAUUUAAUUGCCCACCUCUAAUAACAACUACAGUGUCUGGUAUAAUCAAAAACACUAUACAAUCCUUUUAUGGGGGUGUGCCAUUAGAUUCAAUGCAUUGGCUAAUUUUUUCAAAUUUUUAAUGCUUUACUAUGUAAAUAAUAGGCAUUUGUGAGGCUGCCAUCUACAGCUUUUGGCGAUUUCUGGUGCUGUUGAUGUUAUCAUCAAGUCCCAAGUGUCAUGAGUUCUGUAGUAUGUCUGGAGUAGCAGACCUAUCCAUAUGUUUUCUCCUAGCAAACUCGUUCUUUCAUAGCAACUGUUGCUAAAUUGGUCAAGCUUUUGAGAACACUAGCAAAUCGCUCAUUAAACGCAAUAAAAAAUGUUAAACAACAAUGAUAGCUACACUAUGUUGCAUUUCCAGUUAAACAGGCUUUGGAUGAGAGGCAUUAAGGUCAUUGUAACUCGUUUAGAGGGUUUAAUCUGAUGCUCACUCUGCUCACUGCAAUAUAAUAGUUGCCAUGUAGUAGCACCAUUUCAUCCAUCUGGAAUUCCAAACCAACCACUCAUUUAAACUCAUUUUACCAUUGCAACUGCAUAGCAACAGCCUAGCAACUGCCUGGAUGUAGAAACUACUAAAGCUUGACUACUGUUCUAUAACCAUGAAUAUUCUGGCAAAAUCUGCACUGGCAUUUUUCUGCAUAUCAAACUGAAUUUCUAACAGAGUUUUAUAAACAUGAUCUAAGCUAGCAAUACUUGUUUUGAAAGAACAGAGUCGGAAGCAGACGAUAAGUUACACAGAAUCAUUAUCUGACUGAAUCAUGAACACUACUCCUUACUAUUCCAAAUACAACCAUAUUUUUCGCAAUAUAAGGCACACCUGAUCAAUAAACAUCUGUUUUCUGGUCUAUUUUCAUACAUAAGGACUGGAUUAUAAAGCACAUUUUAAGAGACACUAUAAGGAACUUCUCAUUUAGCAGGUCUUGCCGCUGGGUGGUGGUGGGGGAGUAGCUAACAGUAGUUUACAGUAAGCUUAGAUUGCCGAAUUACUCCAGCACAAGGCGAGAGCAUUAGCGGCUAGCGGCUAAAGGGGGUUAAUACUCCCCUUUGAAUGGGGAAACAGCAGUUAGCGGCUAAUGCUACUCCAGCCCCGGUUCUGGAGAACUAAACUAAAACUCCUGAAUAACACUGGAAUCUGGUGGAGUGACUUUACUGUUCCUUACAACCUGACUGGUACAAUUUAUACCUAAGGCACAGUGGAUUAAAAUGCGCAGUGCAGUUUUUUGGAAAAAUUAAAGAAUUUAGGUGCGCCUUAUAGUGCAAAACAUAUGGUAAUAAUAUUGCUAAUAUUUGUGGGCAGAACAUUGAUAAGUCAGUAUCCCUAUGGAGCUGAGUGAAGUGUGCAACAUAUGCAGUAGAAGAAUGCUUAGAAGUAUGUUUUGGUGUUUGACUAGAAGAAAAUGUGUCACUUGUGUUUGAAUUAUGCACCUCAUUCUAAACCGAGUGGACUGAUAGAACUGCAGUAACACUACUUGUUCAGGAAAACAAAUUAACAGAAGGUUCCACAAAACUAAUUUUCCUCAAGCUCAGCUUUUUAGUCUUGGUGUCACUGUUUCAGUCUUCAGAGCCAAUGGCAAAGAUCACCAUUUUACUUUUACACAGUUAUGACUGAUUUUUUUUAUUUAUUGUUUGCAUAAUUGGUUCUACUACAGUCCAUUUUCUGUUUCUUGGUGCAGGUACUAAACUGGUCUGUUUUGAAUGACAAGUGUAACGUUGCUGUCAGGCAUAAACCUGUAUUUCAAUGUUUGCUGGUUUCACUUUUUGGCGAAGGUUUAAUCUGACAGUUCUGUGUAAAAAAAUCAUAAUGAAUGGACCAAUAGAAAUGCUCAAAAACUCAACUUGGAUUUGCAAAAAAUGUUUUACAUUGACUUCAAUUAAAAGCUUGGAAAGUUUUUUUUUUCUUCUGCUGAAAAAUGAUGUUGAAUUUGGAGAUAGAGAGUUUUUACAGAUCCUCUAAAGGGACGUGAUGUAUAUUUUUCUGGUUAAAAAAGGACAUGGUGUAAUUUUAUUUAAGUAAAAAAAAGAGCACAAGAUAAGUGGUUAGCCCUAGGUACUAUGUAAUAUGCACCAGAUACUUUGUGGUGAGCACCAUCUACUUUGGUGAGCAGUAAAUUAUAUGUGGUGAGCACCAGAUACUUUGUGGUGAGCACCAAAUUCUAUGUGGUGAGCACCAAAUUUUAUGUGGUGAGCUCCAGAUACUAGGUGCUGAGCACCAGAUACUAGGUGCUAAGCACCAGAUACUAGGUGGUAAGCACCAAAUACUAUGUGAGCACCAAAUACCACUUAGUAUCUAGUGCUAACCACAUAAUAUCUGUUUCUCACUCUUAGUUCUUAACUUUUUUUCCUUUAACUUAAAUGAAAUGAUACCAUGUCAUUUCUAUCUGAAAAAAUAUAGGUUUUUGCAUGACAGCGAUAAUAAAUUAAUCUAUUCUACAAGUGUCAUUAAUAAUAUACAUUACAUGUAUUAUUUAAUUUCUGUUCACAACAAAUCCAUCAAUAGAUAUUAUGAAUGAACUCUACACUUUGUGUUCAGUCUGGUUCUAAUGCUAUGCAAUGCAAAGUCCAUUAUCUGGAAUACUACUGGGCACUAGUCAGCAGAAUAUACCUUAUUGUGAUGGUAAAGUACGAUCUAAUAAUAAUAAUUUGCAAUCUUUUUCAAAUCCAAUCCACCUGGAUUUGUGGGAGUAAAGUAAGAUCAAUCUGAAAUGAUGGAUUUUUUUUUUUUUUUUUUUUUUGCAGAGUUUCUCUUUUAUCAGAACUCUUAUUUAGGGACUCUUCUACCAAAGUAAUCAUGCUUUUUCUUCUUGCAUUUUGUUGUGAUGUAUAGGUGUGUUUAAAAAAACAAAAAUAGAAAAAAAUCCCAACAACA